GCGAGGCCGAAGUCGCCGGCCGCUGAGGCUGCCGGGAAAGCGGCGGCGGCGUGCCUUGCCUCGCCUGGCUCUCGACCGUCGGCGGGCGCGCGGUUGUCGCAGAGCGGAGCCUCUUGGCGGAGUCCGGCCGGUCGGAGCGGGAAGCGGCUUCUUGGGCGCGAUGGCGGGCGGGGGCAGCGCUGGCGAGUGGUGCCUGAUGGAGAGCGACCCGGGCGUCUUCACGGAGCUCAUCAAGGGCUUCGGUUGCAGAGGAGCACAGGUUGAGGAGAUAUGGAGUUUGGAGCCCGAGAACUUUGAAAAAUUAAAGCCAGUUCAUGGACUGAUAUUUUUGUUCAAAUGGCAACCGGGUGAAGAACCAGCUGGUUCCGUUGUUCAGGAUUCUAGAUUAGAUACAUUAUUUUUUGCUAAACAGGUAAUAAAUAAUGCUUGUGCAACUCAAGCAAUAGUAAGUGUUUUGUUGAACUGCACCCAUCAAGAUAUCCACUUAGGAGAAACACUGUCUGAGUUCAAGGAAUUCUCUCAAAGCUUUGAUGCAGCGAUGAAAGGCUUAGCAUUAAGUAACUCAGAAGUGAUACGGCAAGUUCAUAACAGUUUUGCUAGACAACAGAUGUUUGAAUUUGAUGCAAAGUCAACCGCAAAAGAAGAAGAUGCCUUUCACUUUGUCAGCUAUGUUCCUGUCAAUGGUCGAUUAUAUGAAUUGGAUGGUUUGAGGGAAGGUCCAAUAGACCUAGGAGUGUGCAAUCAAGAUGACUGGAUCAAUGCUGUAAGGCCGGUGAUAGAAAAACGGAUACAAAAGUAUAGUGAAGGUGAGAUAAGGUUUAAUCUGAUGGCAAUUGUAUCAGAUAGAAAAAUGAUAUACCAACAGAAAAUUGCAAAUCUGCAGAGACAGCUGGCUGAGGAAGAGCCAAUGGAUACAGACCAGAGCUGUAUAAGUUCCGUUCAAUCUGAAGUUGCAAAGUAUCAGAUGUUAAUUGAAGAAGAAAACCAAAAAUUGAAAAGGUACAAG